CCCUUAUAAAGAAGGUACGACGCACCAGAGCUGAUGCAGAUAGCCGGUGGAAAGCGGGACAAAUGACUGGAAAAUAUUCCACCUGCUUCGCAGACAUGAUCGCUACGGGAUGCUUAGUCUUUGCUUUCUCUGUAAUUUCAGUAUCUUCGCACCCGGUGUCCCCAGGUUAUACGGAGAAACCAGACUCCACGGUAAAUCAUCCCUUUCCCUCUGUGUCACACACUAAAGAGGUGAUGAAGUGCAUCGUUGAGGUGAUCACCGACACCUUGUCAAAGCCCCAACCCAACGCUGUCAGCCAGGAGUGCCUGGAUGUUCUCUCCAGAGACGAAACAAUUGUUUCAAUCUUGCAGCACCAGAACUUCCUCCAGGAACUGCAGGAGUUUGCCACCCAAGGUGUCAGCGAGGGAUCCCGGCAGCAGCCGCAGUUGGGCGGUGGAGAGCAGGUGACCAGCGAACUAGAAGAUCAGCUAGCUGUGGAACCCACUGCAGACCAAACCGUACCAGAUGACCUAGGAGUGCAGGAUUCAGAGAGAGGAGGCAUGGCCAGGAGACAGGAGGAGGAGCUACAGUGGAAGGCGGAGCCACAAGUGGGUGACAUGAUAAGGGACAACACAGAAGCCCAUAAGGAAGACGAGGACAAGGAGGAGCACCAGAAGGCUGAGCUGAACGAGGAAAAGAGUGUGUCCUCGAGCAGGGAGGAGGAUGAGGAGAGCAGAAAGGCAGGAGAGAACCCAGAAAAAGAAAAAAGCGAGACUAGUGAUUCAGGAGAGGAGCACAGCAUCGAAGUGACCCAAGGGAACAAGGCUGGUCCAGAAAUGGAAUUAGAGCUGACAGAGGUGCGAGCCACGGAGGAAGACCCAGAAGAGAAAGAGAGCGCAGAGAGUGAGGACCAGGAGGCAGAGGUGGAGACAAGGCUGGACCAAGAAGUGCUCCAGCCGACGUUCAAGGCGGAAAGCGGAAGGUGGGCGGGGCAAGAGGAUGUGGAGGAGGAUGACGAUGCAAAGGAAGAGCCAAGGCGAGAAAUCAGCGUUAUAGAGGACAGUCUUCUUCAACCCAAAGUGGUGGCGCGAAGGAGCCCCGAGGAGCAAGAGCUCCACCUGGUGGCUCGGGGGGAGAUUGAAGAGGGCAGUGCCAGCCAGAGGACAGAGGUGAGGGGACAGUGAGAUAGAGCUUCUGGCAGCCAUCGAGGCCGAGCUCGGCAGCCUGGCCCAGCAGCUCCACGGACUCCAGAGGGGCUGAACAGAGCCCGUCGCCCCUCCCCCCCCACCUGCAACAUCUCCGGCACCCCCCCAGGACACGCUGUUUACGCCUCUGUGCACAUUAACCACACCCACACUUUUAAGCUCAGCUUCACCACGCCCGCUAUUUUGGUCCCAUAAACCCGCCUUCACACUAUGCAAAGGAACACAGACGCUAAUGCAGUGAAGUAUAUUGCUAGUUCAGUGCCAGUCUGGGAGUCGAGCCCGAACACAAGCAGCAGUUGUUUUUAAUGAUGUAUUCUAUCGAAUAUUGUCCUUAAAUAUAAAUGAUUAUAAAUGUAUUUAAUAGUCCAACAAUUUGACAAGAAUUACAUGCUGUAUGAAAAUUCAGAAAACUGAAUCACAAUAAAUGACAUAGACUGUUGGUGAA